AUGGCAAAAUCUUCCAAGCUACAUUCUCCUCCAGGACCCAGACCUUUGCCAAUGAUUGGAAAUCUGCUUCUCCUCAAUCUGCAGAGGCCCUAUCAAACCAUGCUGGAGCUCUCCCAGAAAUACGGUUCCAUUUACAGCAUCCAAAUGGGGCCUAAGAAGGUGGUGGUGCUCUCCGGCUAUGAGACACUAAAAGAUGCCCUUGUUAAUUAUGGUGAACAAUUUGGGGAACGACCUCGAGUGCCUAUAUUUGAAAGGCUCUUUGAAGGAAAAGGAAUUGUCUUCUCUCAUGGUGAAACCUGGAAAACUAUGCGAAGAUUCAGCUUGACCACUUUACGGAAUUUUGGAAUGGGCAAGCGCAUAAUAGAAGACACAAUUAUAGAGGAAUGCCAGCAUCUCAUACAGAACUUUGAGUCUCACAGAGGAAAACCCUUUGAGAUCAAAACAGUAAUGAAUGCUUCAGUUGCUAAUGUCAUUGUAUCAGUGCUGCUUGGAAAACGCUUUGAUUACCAAGACCCUCAGUUCCUGAGACUUUUAACCUUGAUUGGCGAAAAUGUGAAACUCAUUGGAAGUCCUAGAAUUACGCUUUUCAAUAUGUUUCCUGUUUUGGGAUUUCUCUUAAAAAGUCAUAAGACAGUCCUCAGGAACCGAGAUGAAUUAUUUUCUUUUAUAAGGAUGACCUUCCUAGAUCGUCGUCAUAAAUUUGACAAAAGCGAUCCAAGAAGUUUCAUUGAUGCUUUUUUGGUCAGACAGCAGGAGGAGAAAGAUACAUCCACUGACUAUUUCAGUGAUGCAAAUUUGGUGGCACUUGUCAGUAAUCUGUUUGUGGCAGGUACAGAGACCACAGCCUCCACACUGCGCUGGGCGAUUCUGCUCAUGAUGCGAUAUCCUGAAGUCCAGAAAAAGGUCUGUGAUGAGAUCACCAAGGUCGUGGGAUCAGCCCAGCCUCGAAUUGCACACCGAACUCAAAUGCCAUACACAGAUGCUGUUCUUCAUGAAGUACAGAGGUUUGCUGACAUUCUGCCCACAGGCGUGCCCCGUGCAACAACCGCAAACGUUACCUUUAAAAAUUAUCAUAUUCCCAAGGGCACUGAAGUCGUCACUUUACUGACCUCGGUACUUCGAGAUCAAACACAGUGGGAAAAACCAGAUGCGUUUAAUCCUGAGCAUUUCCUCAACUCAGAGGGGAAGUUUAUCAAGAGAGAAGCUUUCAUGCCUUUUUCACUGGGCCGCAGGAUGUGUGCUGGGGAGUCACUAGCCAAGAUGGAGCUUUUCCUUUUUUUCACCAGCCUCAUGCAGAAGUUCACCUUCCAGCCACCCCCAGGAGUCUCCCAUCUGAACCUGGAUCUAACCCCGGACAUUGGUUUCACCCUUCGGCCGAUGCCUUACAAGAUAUGUGCUGUGUCCCAGGACUAG